UCUGUUAUAUAUAGCUUUUACGUUUAUAUUUAGCCAGUAAAAUUUCACAGUUCCGUUGAAACUGUCAUAGAUUGAUAAAAUCUUCUAGUAAGGUACAAGGCAUUACCAGAACUCCGUCCAUAGUGGCAUCACGUUUUCACCACUAGGACUUUCAUUUAAAAGCACAUAUUUUAGAAGAUUAGUAGGGAUAAAAGGUAUAAAUCUAUCAUUUUGAUCCAAAUUUAUAUAAUACUGCAGAAAACCUCAUCAUAUCUCAAAUCGGAUUAAAAACCGAGUCUCAUCAGGACUACAAACGAAUGGCGACUUCGCAGACUUCAUCACCAAGCCCAUGGGGUAAAACGCAAACAGUUGUACCAUGUUCUUUGGAGGAUGUAAUGAGCGAGCAGCUGGCGUCUCAGCUGCAAGAAGACAACAAUCACAUUACAGUUUUCGGUUCUUCAGAUGUAAAGCACACAGAGCUUGGCACCCCAGUGUCAGAUGACGAUAUGGCAGCAAUGCUGUUGGCAGCGGGAAUCAGUCCUAGCGAAUGUGAUGCAGCCAGUGAUGAACUGAUUGCUCGCAUGUUGCAGCUGGAGUUUGAUCGGGAACAUAAUGUCAUGCUGGAUAAAGAGCAGAAGAAAUUUAACGGUACCAGCAAAGUGACAGUCUCAUUUGAAAACUACAAGACAUCUCACCCUGUUUAUGAAAAUGAGGAGGAAGAAGAGGAUGAUGAGGAUUUCAUACCUCAAAAGACAAAAUGGGGUAAGAUGCUUAGACACAUAAAAGGAAUACAAAUAUUUCAUCAAAGAUCUUUCUCUUGUUGCCGCAAAAAUGCAGAACGCUUGAUGGAGUUUCCGCCAGAGUUUGAGAUAGGAGAUGGAGAAGGAAUGGACAUGCAGCUUCCAAACAAAGUGUACAACAAGCUCAAGGUGCACUCCAUGAUGGAGAACAAAAGAAGCACUCGCCACACAGAGAAAAAGGAACACUCCACUGCAGACCAUGUAAUGGACCCACGUUCUCGUCUAUUAUUGUACAAACUGAUUAACAGUGGUGUGAUUGAAUCUAUUGAUGGUCCUGUUGCUGGAGGCAAGGAGUCUAUGGUUUACCACGCUACUGGGGAAGGCAAGAAGAAAGCUAUAUCUGAUAUUAAAAUAGUUCCUAAGAAGAUAGCCAUCAAAGUCUUCAAGACCACUCUGUUGGACUUCCGUACAAGAGAGAAAUAUGUCCAUGGUGAUCAUCGCUUCUCUAAAGAUGACUACAAAAAACAAAACCCACGCAGAAUCAUCAAGAUAUGGGCCAUGAAAGAAGUUGCUAAUCUGAACAGAAUGCGAAAGUUUGACAUGCCUUGUCCAUCUGUUGUUCUGCUGAAAAAGCAUGUUUUGUUGAUGUCUUUAAUUGGCGGCAGUAUGCCUGCACCCCAGCUGAAAGAGACAAGGCUUUCUGCAGCAGAUUUGCAAGAUGCUUAUGAGCAAACAGUUCAGAUCAUGAAUACAAUGCAUCACCAGUGUGCACUUGUUCAUGCUGACCUCAGUGAGUACAACCUCCUUUGGCAUGAUGGUCGGGUCUGGGUAAUAGAUGUUUCACAAGCUGUUGACCUCACCCACCCACAAGCCUACAACUUUUUGUACAGAGACUGUGGCAACAUUUCUUCUUAUUUCAUGAAGCAAGGUGUCCAUGAUGUCCUCAGUCCAGAGGAACUCUUCAACUCAAUCACAGGUCUAAAUAUCCAGGGGACAGGGGCAGACUUCAAUGCUCAGGUUCAACGGUAUGACAAGGAGAGGAAGGAGUCAAACAUGCUGCUGGGUACAGAGUAUACCCACUAUGCCUUUGAUUAUUUUUUCGACAAAGUUCACGAGCUAGGAGAGGAGAAGGGUUCCUUGGAUGAUUCCAUAAGUGAUGAUGAGGUUGAAGACUGAAGGCUUCUGUAAAUGAGAGAGUGAAUGCAUGCAAUGC